AUGGCCCAAAAGACUUUUACCACACUCGUAUGGCUGAGUAGUGUCGCCUCGACACAGGCCGCGCCCCAAGUCAAGCUUCCCGGGUAUGGGAGCUUUGUCGGUACGACUAUCUUCCAGACGCUGACCAAGAAGCCGCUGCCAAAGCCCGUGGAUGCCUGGCUCGGGAUCGAUUAUGUCUCGCAGCCUGUCGGCGACGCCCGAUUUGCGCCUGUUGGCCCUCCUGAGCCGUUUGAGGGUAUGAAGAAUGCGACUCAAUAUGGAUUUUCGUGCCAUCAGGAUCCACAGGAUAUCACGUACGAAGUUAACGAGGCAUGUCUGAGCAUGAAUGUGUUUCGUCCGCAGAACGUGUCGACGCAUGAGAAACUACCUGUACUUGUCUGGAUUCAUGGUGGUGGGUUUGUAGCUGGUAGCUCGAGGAGUUUCGACGGACCAUCAUUCGUAUCUAAUUCUCGAGAGCCAUUAAUUGUCGUCAACUUCAACUACAGAGUAAACUCCUUCGGCUUCCUCCCCUCACCCGUCUUCGAACGCCUAGGCCUACUGAACCUAGGUCUUCGAGACCAGCAAUCCCUCCUGGAAUUUGUGCAAAAAUAUGUUUCGCAAUUCGGCGGCGACGCAUCCCGCGUUACACUGGGUGGCCGCUCCGCAGGCGCCCACUCGACGGCCAUCCACCUCUUCCACAACUACAACUCCACAGAGGGCACCUCCCCACUCUUCUCCCAGGCCAUCCUGCAAUCCGGUAGCGUAACUGCGCGGUCCUUCCCAAAUGCCUCGUAUCCGCUCUACCAAGAGCAGUUUAGCCGGUAUCUCUCCCUCGCGGGCUGUGCCUCGACCGCAAAUAGCUCCGACACCGCCAUCCUCGCCUGCCUGCGCGCCGCCCCCGUUUCCGCCUUGGAAAACGCAAGUGCCCAGCUCUGGCGCGCAUCCGAAUACAGCAUCACGUGGCCCUUCCAACCCACGCGCGGCGGGUUUUUACUCGAGCAAGCGGGUUCGCAAGCCGGUCGCGAUGGCCUUUUCUACCGUAUCCCGACUAUCACUACAAACGUGCUUGACGAAGCGAAAUAUUAUUCUCCCGGUAACAUUUCUUCAAACGCAGAAUUCCUGGCCUACCUCCACACCCUCAUCCCCGGUCUCACCCCUUCCGACCUCGACGAUCUCCAGCACCUGUAUCCGGAUCCAGCCGAGGAUGCGGUGAAUGGGCAAUACGCAUUUAGUCCGAAUUCCACGCAGUACAACCGUCUUUCGGCUGCGCUAACGGAUUACAUGUAUGUCUGCCCUGGCCAGGAAACUGCGGUCCGCAUGGCGGAAAAGGGAGCACCGGUUUUCAAAGCGGUGUGGGCGGUUAAUAAUACGUUUCCGGCGUGGAAGGGCGUGCCGCAUACGGCUGACACCAAGUACACUUGGGCAGAACCCGCGGGGGCGGGUGGGGUACAGUAUCCAGAGGUGGGGAAGGAGGUGCUACAUGCAUUUUUCUCUGAUUUCGUUGCGUUAGGGGGGAGUCCAAGUGCUGGGAGGAGGGAGGGUGUGCCGGUUUGGCCAAGGUAUGAGGAGAAGGAGGGUGUGCCGGGGUUGCAGUUGAGGAUUGAGGCGUUUGGGAAUAGUCGGGUUGAGGGGGAUGGGGUGAGGAGGGUGCAGUGUGAGUGGUGGAGGGAUGAGGGGAGGGCGGCGAGAUUGGAGAAGUGA